GUGAGCUGAAAGCCAAACCGCCGCAGAUACACCGAGACAUCACUGAGACAGACAGAGACACCGCUGAGACGGACAGAGACCGCUUGUGUCCUGUCUCUCUCUCUUUCACACACACACACAGUAGAGUUGGAGACCGGAGGAGGAGGAGGAGGGGUGUGUGUAUGUGCUGAGAUGCGUCUCUGAUGCGCGCGGCUGAGAGGUAAACGCGCGCGUGGAUGUGGAUGGAUGUUAUCGUGUGACUUAUGGACAUGCAGAAAACUGUGAGGAGAGGAGAGACACACACACACGAGGAGACAAAUGAGGACAGAGCCGUCACACUCUAGACCUGGGUGUGUAGAGUGAAGUGGAGGGGGGCUGAUGGCUUCCCGGUGGGUCCUGUGCUGGUUGGGGCUCAUGCUGGCCUUUAUGGCCCUCUCACAGUCGUCUCAGGGAUGCCCGCCGCGCUGCGACUGCGCCGCUCAGCUGCGCUCUGUGUCCUGUCAGCGCAAGCGGCAGUCCGGUGUCCCGGAGGGCAUCCCGACAGAGACGAGGCUGCUGGAUCUCAGUCGAAACCGCUUGCGUUGGGUGGCCCCCGGAGACCUGGCGCCGUACCCGCACCUGGAGGAGCUGGAUCUGAGCGAGAACCUCAUCACCACGCUGGAACCCAACGCUUUCGCCAGCCUGCAGGCCCUGCGCACGCUGCGGCUCAGAGGAAACCAGCUGAAGCUCGUGCCCAUGGGCGCGUUUGCACGGCUGUCAAAUCUCACCACGCUGGACCUGAGCGAGAACAAGAUCGUCAUCCUCCUGGAUUACACCUUCCAAGAUCUGAGGAGUCUCAAAAAUUUGGAGGUGGGUGAUAAUGAUCUGGUCUACAUAUCCCACAAGGCUUUCUCAGGGUUGUUGGGUCUCGAGGAUCUCGCCAUUGAGAGAUGCAACCUGACGUCCAUCUCAGGCCAGACUCUCUCUUAUCUCCGUAACCUCGUGACCCUUCGACUCCGUCACCUCAGCAUCACCGCGCUCGAGGACCAAAACUUCCGCAAGCUGUCGGCACUGAGAGGCCUGGAGAUCGACAACUGGCCCUAUCUGGAGUACGUCUCACCGCUUAGCUUCCAGGGUCUCAACCUUUCCUGGCUUUUCAUCACCAACACCAACAUCACGUCCGUACCGUCGGCGUCCUUCCGAAACCUGGCUUACCUGACGGCGCUCAACCUCUCCUACAACCCCAUCUCCACGCUUGAACCAUGGGCCUUCAGAGACCUCAUCAGACUGAAGGAACUACACAUGGUCAACACUAACCUGCUCACCGUCGAGCCUCACGCUCUCGGAGGCUUGAGACAAAUGCGAGUUCUCAAUCUGUCCAACAACGGUCUGGUGACUCUGGAGGAGAGCUCCUUUCACUCCGUCAACAGUCUGGAAACCUUGAGAGUGGACAACAACCCUUUAUCCUGCGACUGCCGGCUGCUCUGGAUCCUGCAACGCCGGCGGACCCUGAACUUUGACGGCAAGAUGCCCGUGUGCGCCGGGCCGGCAGAGGUGCGUGGGUACGCCCUGAGCACCUUCGGCGAUUCGGCGAUGUUCGAUUACUUCACCUGCCAGAAGCCGAAGAUAAGAAACAGAAAGUUGCAGCAGGUGACGGCGCACGAGGGCCAGCCGGUGUUGUUCCUGUGCCGGGCGGAGGGCGAGCCGACGCCGGCCAUCGUCUGGAUCUCUCCGCAGAGAAGAAGGAUCACAUCGAAAAGCAACGGCAGGGUCACGGUGCUUCCGGGCGGGACGUUGGAGAUCCGUUAUGCUCAGGUGGUGGACAGUGGCACGUACAUCUGUAUCGCCAGCAACGCCGGCGGCAACGACACCUACUUUGCCACGCUGACGGUGAAGGGCCACGCGGCGGACCCCUCGCUGUUCGCCAACCGGUCCAUGUAUUCCACGGACUUCAACGAGACUGGUCUGAACAGCACACGUGUUUUUCUCAAGUUCACGCUGGACCUCACCACCAUCCUGGUGUCCACGGCCAUGGGCUGCAUCAUGUUUUUGGGGGUGGUGUUGUUUUGCUUUCUGCUGUUGUUCGUGUGGAGCCGCGGACGCGGUCAACGCAAGAACAACUUAACGGUGGAGUAUUCCUUCAGGAAAACUGAAGGCCAGACCACCACCGCCGCUUCCGGAACAACACGCAAGUUCAACAUGAAGAUGAUAUGAAACAACGCAGCCAGGGGCACGCUGGGGGAACGCUAACACACACACACACAGCGCUGAUGCAGAAACACAACGGCCUGUCGCAAUCUGACAUUAAACGAUAACCUUGUCCUCGAUGCUCUCACAAACGCUUUAUUGUUAUUUCUGUUGCCGCUGACGGUUAUAUAAUUGAAUAUUUUCCGUUUUAAUGCUGCACUUUGCUUAGGAGAGGUCAUAGUGUAAACACAAAGCCAUAGUAAAGUCUCUGUUCUUGGUUUCCUUUGACUUCUCAUGAAACCAACGACAUGUAAACUGAUCAUUACCAGAGACAAAUAAAUCUAUUGCCAUAAUGUCCUCCAAUAUCACACCCACUUGACUCUCCAAGCUUGAGCUGAGAGGAGAAACUAAACAUCCGUAAGAAAGACAACAUCUCAAUUAUUUCUCCUAGACGUCAAUGAGAGGAAAUGGAAGCUUGAGUCUCAUUUGCGUCUCGGAUGUUUCUCCUGAGAAAAAAGGGAGUCCGAAAUCUCACAAACGUCUCUAUUAGAGUUGAGAAGGGAUGUCAACAACGCGUCGAACUCAGAUUUGUCAAGUCUGCGAUCAAAAGUCAAUAUCAUUGAAGAUCUCAAUAUCAACUCAAAUUGACUCGAAUCCAGAUUAUUUGACCUCUGCCUCUAUUACACUCUCAUUUGAUUCUCUUUUUAUUCCUCCCAAACCAUUUUAGGAGAAACGUCUGAGACCAAGUUGAGACUCAACUGAAAAACAAUCGAGGGCAAUAAAUUUGAGCAAUAAAAGAGGGCCGAGGAACUAAAUUUGAUGUAAAUCGCUUGGUUUUUAGUGAUCAUCAUACUCAAAGAUGCGUCAUAGAAGCCGUUGAUGUUCUGCGUUGAGCGUCUGUGUGGGUUGGGAUGAACACACCGGCCGCAUCGCUGUAAACACGAGACCGCGGUAUCCUAACUGCACUACCGUGAAUUCAUCGUGUUUGACGUGUCUGAUCCGGACUGAUGAGGGCUUGGCUGAGUGUUUCUUACCCACAAUCCCCCUCCAUCAUUCUGAAUCACACACGUGCUGACCACCGGCUAGCCUUCAUGGGGGGAGGUCGGCCGGGUGUCACGUCUGCUGGACGUCAGACGCAGAGAGACACACACACACACACACACACACACUGAAAACCCUCAAGCCAUAUGAUGAUAUUUGUGAUCAGGAGGUUUACAGCAAUAGUUUCAUUGAUUCCCAACAGAAAAUACGAACAGACGUGAUUUUUUAUAUGCGCAGGCUUUCGUUGUAUUUGCAAUAACUGUAAAGUAAUAACGAUGGCAAAUUGUAUUUUUUUAUUCCGAGUCCUACGAGACGUUUAGUCAUGCAGGAUUCUUGAUCAAAAUGCAUUUACUGUUUCUCCAGAUCCGCUCGCUGUGAAUUCAUUUCUCAUCAGUAGCACUUGAAAUAUUUUCUGCCAAAUAUUGAAUAAAUAGACACAUCACCUCUCUCUCUCUCUCUGACGGUCUUGGUUUUUGGCGGCCGGUGUGUAGACGUUUCUGCUUCCCCCGCCCAGUCCCCCCCAACACCCCCCAUGUCACGUCCCUUUACCCCCCCCCCGACUGGGUCUCGAUGAGGGAGGGUCCCUGGCUGGUGACGUCAGAUGUACACGAAAUCACAUCACCCGUCUAGUUCAUGUGUCUUUGACUGUAGAGGCUGUGAUGAUAUGUUUAGAUUUAUAAACGAUGUGUUUUUGUACUUGUUCUUUUCUUUACGACUGACAUCGUUUCGUCGGUUUUCAGCACCGCCGCUGCUUGAUGUAAAUGAAUGAAUCUGUUAACUAACGCCGUAAACCAGCAGCUGCUGUUGGAAACACAUCGGUUAACAAGUGAACUACAAGAGCCAUAAACGAUCCACCUGUCCAGAAAUCUGCGUGCGAUGACAAAUACAGUCGAAUCUGCUCCACGUCAUGUGUGCAGGCGACAAAAGUCACAUCUGGAGAGAAUAUUUACUGUGUAGUUUUUGCUUUAAUGCCCUCUUAGGUUCCAUUAAACCAUCAAAUGUGACGUGUAGGGUACAAAAUGAAGAACAACUUGUGUGAAGGUGACAAAAAAAUCAGAAGUGUUGCCUGUCGGGGUUUUAUUCUCAUGUACAAAAACACAAAGAAAACACUGAUGAUAAGCAAACAUUGAGUGGUCUUAUCAGUUGUUUAUAUAUAUAUAUAUAUAGUUUAUUUCCAAAAAGAGAUAACUCUGUUUUGUUUUUUAUUGUGCAUUAAUGAAUAUCAAUCAAACUGCAGUUGGUUUGUUUUGAUUUAAGCCAUAAUAACUCUUAAAAUUACAGCUAACUAACAGAAUAAAAACAUGAGAACAUCAUAAAAAACAUGAUUUUUUGCAAAUAAACUCUUCAUAUAUAAAUAUAUUCUUUUUAUUAACAUAAUGUAAUGUUAUAUAUACAUAUCGCCGCUGUCCUUCCAAAACCUCGGAUGUCCAAAUUCACUCUUUUUCAGAAAAUGGAAAAAACACUUCUUCAUCCUUUUAUUGGUUGAGUAUUUGUAAAACAAAGUGACAAACAUAUAGGGAGACUAAAAUAAUAAUAAUUUAUGGCGAAAAAUAUAAAUUCCAAAUGCUGGAGAUACGAGGUUUCAGAAGGGCGGCAGCGAUGUGUUUUUCUCCUGGCUCGGCUCAUGCUUUUUGUGUUCUUUUUGUUGCCAAACCUCGUUAAAUUCUUCACAGCUACACAUCACGCAAAGAUCAUCUUCAACACAUUUUUAUAAUAUAUUAGAAAUAAGAUGGCAUCGUUCACAAAGACAGCAAGUCUAAGCUCGGUAUAGUUUGACAUCACAACAUUAAUUCAUUCUUUGUCACACGUUGUAUUUGACAUGCGGUGUGGUGAUAACCCGAUGGUGACGUUUGGCACAUCUGACUGUGUUUCUUGACAUCAGGGAGCGUUUGUGUCCCUGGUUACACAUCUGGAUUUGGUGGUGUAAACAUGUCAGGUUUUUGGUUUUGUGUUGAGUAGCUGGUUGUUCUCAGACCUCACCGGUGAUGUUUUGGUGAUAGAUGUUGUCUCUGUGGCCUGUGUUUGGAUGUUGUUUUAGUUUCUGUUAGCGUUAGACUCGUGCAGUCAGUGAUCGUGUGUACUGUAGUUGAUAGAAGGAGAGAUCGGAGGCUCAGCCGGGACAAGCGCCCGGCGUCCUCUCAUACCCGACCCUUCAUCUGCUUAUUCUCUGACUGACACUUUUAGGCAACUCGAUGAUGUGAAACGACUUCAAACCUUCAUUCCUGAUCUCGAAGAGUCCUCGGCAUUUAAGUGGCAAAUGUGUUUCUGGAUGUUUUUGUUUCUCUUCGAAUUGAAUAUUGAGGCCGUGCACAAUGCUUGACUGCAUGAGCAGAAUUCAGACUUACCUUCAUUAAUUGAAUUCAUUUGAUUAAUAAGGGAAAAUCAUGUGGACACAUUAUGUUAUUAUGAAAAAAAUGUACCAUCCAGACCUGUUGCUUGUACUUUUUGUAAAAUACUACAAAUACCAUAGACAAGCAAUGGUCAAUUUGUGGUUAUCACGGGUGAACUGUGUAACCACGUUUUUUGUUCUGUUUAUAACCAUGGUUCAUUUUCAUAAUGUAAAAAAGCAUUUGAGUGAUUCAAGAAUCGUUGACAUUUCAUUUUUGUUUUAUUUUCUUAGUCAAAAUGUUCUCCAUGCUGUUUGCUGCCUCAGUUUAAACUGGAAUUUUUUGAAAGCGUUCUCGGUUCAAUUCUGGAUUGUUUACAACCCUGUCGUACAUGAAACACGCAAACAGGCGUUGACAUAAUUUAUGUGUGUUUGUGUAUAAAAUGCACAGAUGAUUUUCAGAGAGAACAUGAUGAUAUAAUUUACAUUUAGAGUCUCUCUAGCGCCCCCUGUUGAGUGUCUCUCUCUCAGGCUGUACCACUCUAGUCUCAUAUAGACUAUAUGAACACAGACAAUGUAUGUUUUGUUGACAAUCUUCACAAUAGAUGAAGCACAUCACUCUGAAUUUGAUCUUCUCUUGUCUCUUUAACAUAUAAAAAUAAUUCAUGUGUAAACAUUCCCAUAGACUUACACUGUAAUAGGGACCCGAGCCAUAGCUACAGACCAGAAUAUUCUUCACACAUGAUUAAUCUUAAAUAGAUUUGUGCUCAUAAAACAGACUAGAUAUUAAUCUGUAUUGGUAUAUUAUUUACCGAAAAUACUGAAUUGUGACGCACAUUGGCCUGGUGAUGUGAAUUUGAAAUGUAGCUUUACUGCCAUCUGGUGGUGAAGAGCCAAAGUGCUUCAUGUCAACCACUGAGAAUCUUGAUUUUAAAGGGACACUUCACCCAAAAAUGAAAUUCUGUCAUCAUUUACUCUCCUUCGACUUGUUCCAAAUCUGUAACAAUUUCUUUGUUCUUAUGAAAACACCGAAAUAUAUUUGGACCCCACUGACUACCAUAUUUGGAAAUAUUACUUUAUAAUCGUUUUGUUUUGUUGAACACAAACGAAGAUAUUUUGAAGAAUGUAGGACAGCAAACAGUUCUGGGGCACUCUCUACUAUUGUAUUUUUUUCUACUAUGGGAGUCAAUGGGGGGCAAAAUCUGUCUGGUUACACCCAUUCGUCCAAAUAUCUUUCUCUGUGUUCAACCAAACAGAAAUUCAUACAGGUUCAUCAGAGAAUUAAAAUUUUUGGGUGAAGCAGCCAUUUAAAGCUCAACACCUGUCAUCUGUUCUCUACUCGUGAUGAUAUGCAGAUCAAAAUAUGACUGUUAGUCCCAUAAAAAAAUCUUGUUGAUAUUUAAGGUCUCAGAUAAAGGUAGAUCACAUGUAGUCUUAGAUCUGUAGAUUGAAGCCUCUUUAAGAGAAAUUAAAUGUGACGGUAGUGUAAAAGUGAAUUUAAGGGGAAUAAAUUGUUCAUAUUUCUUCUUGUAAAACUGACAGUAUAGAUUUAAAGGUUUAUGAAUGCUGUUUGUUCAGACACUUUUCAUCAGGAUGUAUGCAUAAGCAUGUUUUUUUUGUGCUUUUUUUACUCAUGUGUACUUGUGUAAACUUCAUCUGAUGUGUUUUAAGCUCAGUGUGAGAUUGGAUGAAACAUCUUUAGCUUAUUAAACUUGUCUGAAUCUAUGAGCCAUAUUGUAGUGAGAUGUUUUACUGAGCGUUCAGACCGGGGUUUCAGGUAAUAUGUCAUGUUUAACUUUAUGUUUGUCUUCCUGAUCUGUUUGUUUCUACUAAUGUGUGUGUGUGUGUGUGUGUGUGUGUGUGUGUGUGUGUGUGUGUGUGUGUGUGUGUGUGUGUGUGCGUGCGUGCGUGCGUGCGUGCGUGCGUGUGUGUAUACAUGCAUAUAUAUGUAUCAUGCCAACUUACUUGUUGUAAAGCAAUAUUCUUUUUCUUCUCUCUCCUACAGCGAUGGAUUAUUUGGUGGACACUUGCUGUCAAAUAAUGUCAUUAUUACAGAUUGGUAGGAAUCUGAAAUGUUGCCAUAGAUACUCAGAUAUUUCAGGUGAAACGUUGUUUUUGUCUGCUUCAUAACAUGUGUACCGUUUUGCCAAAAGGUUUACAGCACACGAUGAAUGAAAGCAGGUGCAGUUAUGAAUGCGUUUCAUCCAAACAUCACAGCGGCUUCAGUCUCGUCCAGAAAACAGUGAACGACUGUCGUUUCGAGUGUAUAUCUGUUAUUUUCUAUGCAUAUGUUUGUUUUAUACUGUGUGUGUCUUGUCUUGUAAAAAGAGAAAAGAUCUCUUAUUCAUAAAAGCAUGUUGUACCCUGUU